CAUCCUUGGCUGGGAGUACGAAUCUAUGCACGGCACGGCACACGUCAAAUUCAUUCUGUCAAAACAAAAAACAUCGUUGAACAAAUUGCAUGGUAAUGAGGUUAUAGACGCUACGAACAAAGGCGAUCAGUCUAAUAUGGGAAAUUGCAUUCGUGCGGUGUUGAGAAAAUUUCGUAGAAAACCGCGGAAUGAAAAGAACAUUGUCAUACUUUUCGUCGGGCUCGACGGUGCGGGAAAAUCGCUAAUUUUGAAUCGUAUAGUAGGAGAUCUGGAGCAAAACGUUGUACCUACGAUGGGGUUCCGCACGAUAUCCUUGAAACACAAAUCGUGCAACGUUAAGGUUUACGACCUCGGGGGAAGCCCACAAAUUCGUUCGAUAUGGCCGAGGUACUACAACGAUGUGCAUGGCCUCGUCUAUGUCGUCGAUGCUAGCGAUACGUCCCGUCUUACAGAGAAUCGAAUUAUUCUCGGAGAUUUAAUAUCGCAUGAAAAUGUUUCAGGCAAACCGUUAUUACUGUUGGCUAACAAGCAGGAUUUAGACGGAGCAUUAGAUGAGUUAGACCUGGUUGAGAAUUUAGAUGUCGAGCGUGUGGCAAAUGAGAUGCGUUGUCCCACUCGCGUAGAAACUUGUUCCUGUUUUUAUGCCAUGACGAAGUCGCAGAAAAGUACAGAGGGGAUUAUCAAUGGUUACAAAUGGUUGCUGAACACAAUAAUGAAGAAUUAUCAAACGCUCAACAGCCAAGUGAAAAGCGAGCCACCAAUCCGUAACGGAUUUUCAGUGAGGUCAAUCACCUCGUCUCCAACACCGUCAAAGACUGAAUCUAUGAACUCUGACCCGUUCAAACCAAUACAUAGUUUGUUAAAACAAAAUAAACUAUCGGGAUCGUCGAAUUGCGUAAAGAAUGGUACAAAUGGGAAAAUAAUACCUCUGAGAAGACUGCUUGCUACGUGUACAAAUAAGACAACACCUAUGCCCAUUGAAGAUCGAGCGGAAGAGCCUGACCUGGCGCUACAGCGAACAGACUGCGACUCUACGAUCUUUCAAGUGGCUGAGAAUAAUCGUCAGGAGACGGUUAUUUUAAACCCAUUGAAAUUGAAACCCGGAGUGACCAACACGCGGCCAUUCACAGCUCCGGAUAACUUUUCUAGGAUAAAAACUGAGGUAACGAUAUCAACAAUUCAGGACCAGCGGUAGUCGGAGUUACCAGGUCCAAGGAAUACAAGCUAAGCAUUGUCGAAUACUGCUGAGCAACUGGUAUACAAUUUCAGCGUUCUAAUUUAUCUUUGUUACAGUAUCAUUGGAAUUAGUCGUGAAAACCUUGUGAAAGAAAAAAAUAAGAGUCAUUAUUGUAUAGACGUUUAUUCAAGUCAGAAUAAUUCCGUGCCUUGCACAUCUAUUUAUUUAACUAUUUUUCUAACUGGUUGGUACAGAUAGUACGAAACUUUGACGUCGUAAAGGAGGCUCAGAGCAAACCGAAUCUGAGUUUAAUAUAAUUUUAUGAGUACUAUGAUGUAUACAUGAGUGUAAUGUGUGAAACAGUGAAAUAUAAAUAUACUUUUGUA